UUACCAAUCUCUCUGCUGUAACGUUACCUCCAUGUUGAGUAACAUUAGCCUACAACCCAAGCAUGGUAAAUAAGGCUAAAAUGCAAAAGUUGUUGUGGUUAUGUUAUGGAUAAGUGCUUGCCCAGAGCAUAUAGUGAAGUGACUGGCAUUACUACUCAUUGUUGGGAAUAAACAGACUGCUAGGGAACAUUUUAUGUUGUUGUUCCCCCAGGAGUUGUGGUGAUUUAUGAGUGUGGAGUUAGCAUGUUCUCCCCGUGUUCCGGUGAUUAUUUUGAGGCGUACUCUCGUCCCAUCCCACCAUCAACAUAUGUAUGUAACAUACAGUCACUGGCCACUUUGUUAGGUACACCUGUGUAAUCUAAUGCAAUCCAGUAGAACGGCUAUACCAUGAUUUUUCCCCCAAAAAUUUAUACAUUUUCAGUUGUUGUUGACAUUUUCUAGAAAGUGAAAUCACUCCGCCCAGCAAGUACUGUAUGUCUGCCCCACCGAUCUCAGAACAGGCACUGAUAAUUAAAGGUAAUGUACCUAACCAUAUGACUAUAGGGAUUACGGCAAUAGGCGAAUUUGCCAAAAUGUCGAACUAUCCCUUUAAGUCAACCGCUAUACCCGACCUCUUUAUGGGGGACAGCGACCACGGUGAGGAGGAGUCCCGGGAGAAGGAGGUCCCAACUGAGCUAAUCUCGCUAAAGCUAACGUUGGUUACAUUGAGUGCACAGCUAAAUUGUGUCUGUUUGCACCCAUGCCAUCCGUGUUUGUAGCAGUGUCACCCCAAAAUCUAAAAUACAUAGUUUCCGUCUAGCUUGUUUCGGUGUGUGCUGCUGAGUGUUGGAGCUAUCCGCUGUAAAGAUGUCUGCCUUCUCUCAAAUACAAUGCAACUAGCUGUAACUCGGCUUGUGGUGCUAAAAGGACCAGAAAAGUACAUUUGGAAAAACUCAACAGCAGUGUCUGUCUCCAAAAAUCAUGACUCGGUUACUCAAGAUAAUCCACAGACCUUGUUGUGAGCAGUUUCAUGUCGGAACUAUUUUCUUUCUACCGAACUACUCCUGCCAACAGUAUCACCGCGCAGGAGGAAGCGUGCAUCUGGGCUCGUAAUAGUGCGGGAUGUAAACAUUAAUGGCGUCCUCCUCGCUUCAGCUGCAACGGUAGCCAGUUAGCUCAGUGGUGCUAGCAGCAUCAAACUGUUAGUUAGAAUAUUAAUUGUUCGUUUGGUAGCGGAUGGACAAGCAAGUAUGGGUCGACAAUGUGCAUUUCCCAACUGCAGAAAUCGACAGAAAACUUGGUCUGCGGUUAGUUUCCACAAGCUACCGUUAAAUGAACCGAGCCGCUACAAGCUAUGGCUCCGUGCUCUAGAUAUAGACCCAAACACUCCGAAGAAUAUCCUCCGGCGUCGUUGUAUAUAUGUGUGCAGCGACCAUUUUUCGCCCGAUGACUUGGUCCACUAUAAAAGCAGUACCCAUCCGAAGCCCACUGCCAUCCCUGUCAACAGUCAUACCGCGGACCAGACCGCUGGUGGAAGCGCUAACAUGACCACAUCACCGCUGCAUGACACCGGGGCAGCAGACAUUCAAGAAAACACACCAGAGGCGACAGGCUCUGCAACCAGGGAGAAACCAGCUCUGCAGCACAUUGUUGAUGAGGAGGCCAUCCUGCAGCUGAUAAAGGACUGCCCAAUGUGCGACAGAAGGUGCCGCUGUACCAAAUUCACUCGUGGCCCUUACUUCAUAGUCUACCAGAGCUGUUACUUUUGCAAUUAUCAACGCAAGUGGGCCAGCCAGCCAGAAGCUAGAGAUCUAAACAUUCAUAAGGCACAAGUAACACCCAAGAGGAAACAGCAGCCAAAGGACAAGGCGUCUGGAAAUGCCAAAGCUGCAUCAUCAAAGCUUGUUAAGACAAGCGCUUCCUCAGUCUCAGAGUCUCAGGACCCAGUAAAGACCAAAGGAGUCCCGUGUCAACUCUGUCUUGAACAUGACUGACUUACAUGAGUCUGAAAUUGGGCAUGAUCACAGUUUCAGAUGUGCCUUAUGGUGGAUCACUGUCAUGCAGUUGUAGAUGCUUAAUGAUGAUGACAUACAAUUCUGUAAAGUUGUCUGUGGAUAUGAAGCUUCAGUCCAAAGUAAUAAUGUUUAUAUUGCUAAUAAGGGACACGUUUAGAGCAGAGUAGUAGUAAGCUCGCUCGUAGAAAGAAAUACUACACCAGAAAUAUGCUAAGAUGCCAUUGUGUUGUGGAAAAAGAACAUUUGAAUACUAAUCAUAAUUAUAUUA